AUGUGGAACGCGUACAAGAAAGCGGGCCGCACCGAUCCGGCCGGCCACGCCAGAGCGCCGUCGGCCGGGGAAGAGUCCGAGGAGAAGGGCAAGCAGGGAGGCAGCCACGCCCGGCGUAGCUGUGAGUGUUAUUACGUUUGUUCAUUCGUUCACUUCUCAGAACCGGUGGUGGCAUGUGACCACAAGACGGCUAGCCGGUGCCUGCUCAACUUGACGCCCGUGGUGUCCGAAACGGUGUCCGGCACCCUGCUCAACGGCACCUUCCUGCCGGACAUUUGCCUCGAGGUGGUCCACGAGAAAGCAUUCUCUAAACUGCCCUUCGCGAAGGUGGCCAUGACCGUUGUCCUCUUCGCGGACAUUUCAGGGUUCACGGCACUCACGGAGACUUACUCCAUGACUGGAGCGCUGGGAAUCGAAGCCCUGACCAGGACCCUCAACCACUUCUUCGGUCACAUCAUCCAGCAUAUAUUCACAGCUGGAGGAGACAUCUUCAAGUUUGCUGGUGACGCCAUCUUCUGCAUCUGGAAAGUCGAGGACGAGAGCACCCUGGCCGAGACAAUCCAAACGGUGGUGGACUGCAGCCUGAACAUCCAGAAGAACUACGGCGAAUGGCCAACCUGCAUCGAGGUUACCCUGCGAGUCAAGAUUGGCAUUGCAACGGGCUACCUGGAGUACCACUUCUUCAACGACGAGUUCGACUCGGUCCACUACUCGGCGAGCGGCUCGGUGGUGGAGUACGUACGCAACGCCGAGAUGCUCUGCACCGCCGGCGACAUCAUCCUCACCACCGAGGCAUGGGGCUACCUGGAGAGCAAGGGCAUCCAGAACCGCUACAUCUUCGGCACUCUUCCCGAGGACAUGGUCAAGGUUCUUGGCUUCGAUCCCUCCGUAUCGGAAGAAGAGAGGGUAUCGUUUACAGGUUUCUCCGGUGUGCGGCCGGCGCUCUACGCCCUCAACUUCGAGGAUGCGCCUCUGCUCAAGAGGUUCAUCUCGCCGGUUGUGGUGAAUAUUAAGACCCAAGAAGAACUCAUCUUCUUGUCCGAAAUGAGGCACGUGACCAUCGUCUUCGUCUGCAUGCCCGACUUCAUCGACAUCGACCUGGCCACGCUUUCUGCGCUCUACCGAAUCGUGAGCUCCGCUCUAAAGGAAACGGACGGUGUUCUCAACAAGGUGAUCACCUUCGACAAGGGCUGCUCUUUUCUUGCCGUGUUCGGCCUUCCGGGCUACAAGGGAAAGAAUGAGACGUGCAACGCUCUCAUGUGCUCCAACAAACUAGUGCACGAAGUCAGCGCCAUGAACAUAAAAGUGACGGCUGGAAUCACUUCUGGUAUGACCUUCUGCGGUAUCAUUGGCCAUCCAUUACGACAGGAGUACACGGUGAUUGGUCGAAAAGUCAACCUCGCCGCUCGACUCAUGAGCAAGUACUCAGACGUCCGCGUGGUCUGCGACGAGGACACCUACCAACGGUCGGUGCUGGUCUUGGGACCGAACAAUUUCAAGGAGCUGGAGUGGCGCAAGCUCAAGGGCAUCGAACACAUGGGGCGCGUGUUUCAGGUCCAACUAUCAACCGAAGAAGAAGUGAUGGACGAGGUCGCAGUCUAUCCAGGCACGGUGAUGGGCAUGGUCCAUGAGAAAGACGUGAUCGACUCCUUCCUCGUGGACUUUGUCGUCAAACGCCGACUCGCCAAGCACAUGCUGCUUCUACGCGGGGAGACGGGCUGCGGGAAAAGUCACCUGCUCUUCUGGACCAUGAAGAGCGCUGAAAAAAAGGGCUACAAAUCUGCCUCAUGCCACGCCGGGGUUCGUACCAUGCGGCACCCCUUCAGUUCCGUUUGCUUUUUGUUGAGCCGCCUGCUUGAUAGUCAUGGACUCAAGCCAAACUCUGAAAACAACACAAUUCUAGAUGAUAUGCUGGGACCGGACUCGUCAACGCCCUUGGUCAUCAACAAGGGAAUCAUUCGCCUGAAGAAUGCUCCGACACUCAAGUUGGCCAGUGCUGGAAGCCUUGUAGACGUUCCGUGGCAAGUCAAAAGCGUGACACAAGCCAAAGACCAUUUGACUAUGAUUAUGGAGCGAUUAUGCUCCAAGGCACCAUGUAUACUUGCCGUGGAUGACGCCAACUACAUGGACACCUUGUCCUGGGAGCUGCUGGAUAAGUUCGGCCAGCUCACCAGCCAGCAUCCGUGCGUAGUGGCCAUGACGAGCAUCCCGCACUCUGAACGAGUGCUGCCCCCUAUUCAUAUUCAAAAAAUCAUGGCCAAGUCGGUGACGGUUGUGGACAUUCAGCCCCUGAGUAAGGAGUUCCUUCCAGACUUCUGCUUCCAGAGGCUCAGCGUGAAAGGCAUCCACAACCAGAUUCUUAGGUUGCUCAAGGAGUACACCAAGGGAAAUCCGGCAGCGAUGGUGGAGAUCCUCCAGGUACUCAAGCAGAAAAACCUCAUCCAGACGGUGAACUCAAACACUACCUCGGAGUUGCGCCUCAAACGGGAGUUCACGCUCGCGCGUGAAGAUGACCACGAGUUGCGCGAGCAACGUCCUGGAGAGGGAUACCCCAUCUGCGACGUGGUCGGAGAGGGUCUCAUGGACGACGUUCAAGUGCCAGAUUCACUUCAGGCACUCACGGUGGUGCGAAUGGAGAUGCUGAACGAGCAGGAGAUCGUACUCCUGAAAAAGGCCUCCGUAUGCGGAAAAGUCUUUGAGGUGUCUCUACUGAAACUGCUCAGCUCUGCGCUGUCGACGGCUGAGAUCAACGUCGCCCUCAAAAAGCUGAUAGAGCAGCACUUCAUCACCUGCGCGGCUAGCAACACGGUCUCGAGUUUCGUCUACCUGCUGGAGGGCAAAGUGCCAGACUCACCCGAGUGCCCGCAGUGCGGCCAGAUUGGUUCGCUGAUGCGUUUCCACUCGGCGGCCGUGCACAAGACCAUAUACGCAACGCUGACCUACGACAGCAAGAGCGAAAUCCACCAGGACAUCGCCACCUGCCUCGAAGAGCACGCUCUUCAGUGCCGCUUCUGCAAGGAGUACCUGAGCGUGGAAGUGUACUCUACGGCCACCGACGAGUUCCUCAUGCAAUCACCCCCGGACAAAGCCGACUUGCGAGUCUGCAAGUGCCAAAAGAUGAAGGCGAACGCGUUCGGGCAAAUCGGAAACCAUUACUUCCAGUCCGGCAUGAGGGGCAGGGCGCUGGAAUCGUUCCUCGCUGCUGCCCACUGCUCCCUCGAAGUGGACGACAUUAAGCAAGCAGAAGAAUACCUGGAAAGCAGCGAGUCGGUGUUCAAAGCUUCCACGUGGGAGAACGUCGACGAGCGCUACUUGAAACUCAAACGCAUCGCCAUCAGUCGCAUGAGGGCUAAUAUUCAGAUGUUCUAUGGAAACAUCGAAGCUUCGCUACAGGAGAUCAAGCUGGCCUUCCAGUGGUUGGGCCGCAACAUCCCCAAGGACUACCGCAAGAACGCCUCAAAUUACGCCGUGCGCGUCGUCCAGUGCUGCCGCGUGGACGAGAUCGAAGAAGAGGAAUUCUGCCUGUGCACCGCCGCCCGGGUGUUCCUGAAUCGGCGUGAUCCUCGGGUGGCCUUGGACGUGUCCAGCCACUUCUGGGAGCUGGUCACUUGCCGCAAUGCACCGUUGUACAAGAAGAUGCCUGCGAUUGCCCUGGUGAUCGAGAGCAGCCACUACGUGCAUAUCGCCUACAAGAAGCAAAGAAAGCUGGAAGACACGGCAAUCAAAGAUUGCAUUCACUCACUCGAGGUGGAAAAGCAUCCACGAGUCAGCGAUCUGGUGGCCGUGCUCAACACGCUCAUCAAGAUCGUCGAAGUGCGCUUCCUGCGUACCGAGAUCACCUCAGCUGUUGAUGUCGGCUACGAGGCCUUCCGCAUCGCCCUCAACGUUCACUACACUUCGAUGCUGCUCAAGAUCUUGCCUUACCUGGCGCAGACACUACUUUACAGCAAGAAUCACAGCAAGUGUCGAGAAGUGCUGAGUCACCUACGACACGUGGCCGAGGUGGCCGAAGACACGGUAGGCAUGGCGCUCUACUACGGUGGCCUGGCUGAACUGCUCGUUCAUCAGUUCGGCAUCGACGUGCCGGCCCUGGACAACGUUCAGGAGCUGUACAAGACCUGCCUGGAAUUCGCCAUCAACCAAAGCAGCAAAGUUCCCUACACUCGCAACAACGAGAUUGAAUUCUACCUUACGGCGGCCAUGGCCAUGUGGACGUCUUCCUGCGGACUGGACCAGAGCUGCAAGGAAUGGCUGUAUCGGGCUAAGAUGCUCAAGCGGUCCUUCUACUGGCGGUCGUCUUACUGGGGCCGCCGGGCACAGCGCCACCUUUCGGAGAUCAAGUGGAAAUGAAGGACGGCUGUCGGGGUCUCGCUGUUCGAUGGUUCUUGAGAACCACAAUCGCUACGCUACAAGCGUCUAGACGAAACAACGCAUAAUUUCAUAUAAUAAAGUUCGGAU